GCAUCAUCAUGGAUAAAUAAGCUAUCAACAAACGAUCAGGAUUAUCCAUCUGGUCGAUACAGUAAACAUCGCAAAUAUCUUCAUUCAAAUUACGAUUUUUUUUUAGUUUAUCGCAUUUUGCGUGUUCGUGCGGUUUUGUUUUAUUUCUUAGAGAAAAAUGGAUAUGAAAAUUGGAUUUUUGUUGAUUUUUAGCUUGGCGAUGGUCAACGGAGUACCGACAAUGUAUAAGGUGAACGAGAAUAAAGUUUUUGAAAAAGAUUUGGUGCCCGUAUCGUCUACAGUGAUCCCUCUACCAAUUUACAGACUUAGUUCGGCUGGCUACAACGUAAAACCAAGCAAAGAAGAAGAGAUAAACCAGAGGCCUAAAGGACCAGUAUCACUUAUUACAGUAAAUAGCAAAAAACAUGCUAUUAUCGACGAGAAGAAACCAUUAGUGAAGCAAGUCACAUUUAAAAAUUGAUGAAUCAUUAUAUGAAAAAAAAAAGUAUGUGAACCAAAGUUACGGAAACUAAUUACCUGAACUUAACGUACCUUAUAUUGUUAAAAAAAUUGUAUUAAUUAAAAAACUAACACCAUAA